CUCCGAUCAAUAUCCCGGCUUUCCCAGGAGAGCAGAGCGCACGCGUGGCGGCCAUAUUUGCGAAACAUCGGGAUCUCUGUGGAUAGUCAAAACAAAGGAAAUAUUAUCCAAAAUGAGCCCAGAACGAGAAAGUCACGAUUCCGAGGAUGUUAUGGAAUCGAUCGAUGAGUUGAAAGAGCGGUUGUCUUCAAUGAAAAGGAUGAUGGAAGAGAGAAAGGCAGCUGGUUCGGGGACAAAAGACCUUUUCCAGGGCCAGGCGAGGAGUCUCCAAGGUACCACGAUGAUAGACGGGAACUUCCUCAGCUUCGUGUUCGGCGGCUCUCUGGCUAUUAUUUUAAGUGUUUCCGUGUAUGCCUUUUAUAAUCUUUACCACGCUGUUCUAAAGAAAUUUCCAUCAACACACACGGAAUUGUAAAAUGAUCAUUAUAAUUAUAGCGGUAAGGUUGAAAUGAGCUGUUUAGUUUAAUUUAACCAAUGUUUUUAACAUUACGAUAAAUGUUAAACCAAUUUUUAGAUUAAUACCUAUGAAAUGUGAUUUAUUCAUUUAUGUCCGUUGAGUUUAAAUUACUUAUCCUUUUUAUAUGGCUAGCGUAGUUAUUUUAAAUGGUGUUGUAUCAUA